GAAGUGGCAUGGGAUUCAGCCUAAAUUACAGGUAAAAGGCAAACACUCCCAGAAAAGCACUGCAGAGCAUGUCAGUGUAUAAAUAAGGCUGUGUGAAGUAAUGCGUGCCAGGGCGGUGGAGAAAAAAAAAAGCAUAGAAAAAAGUGGAGUCAUGUAAUAUUGAUGCUUUCAGAGUUGUGCAGGUGCCUUUGGGUAAACGCAGGCGCGCGCUGAACACGCCGCAUGUGAUUUCCAGCUUCAGUCAUGUUGGCAGCACGAUGCGCGGCGGAGACGGGAGCGGGGCUGUGAAACCGGACCCUCUGCCAGGGAUGUCGACGAGCCGGAGUCCCUGAAACCUCCGCCAACCCGGGAUACAGCCUUUAUACGGACUGAUACGUGUUUUCCUGCGCGAGUGCGGGCUGCUUUUUCCUUCGUUUUUUUUAAAUUGUUUUCUUUUUUUUUUUUUUUUUUCCUUCUCCUCCUCCUGCACGCAGUAUAUAGUGGACCUGGAUGCCGUGUGGGCGAUGCAGUCACAAGGGAUAUAUUGUGAUUUGGCGGAGAUGUGUUCGCCACCAUUGCAUUGAUUAAAAACAAGUAAAGGAGGUAACGAGGGAUCUAAUAAGAGAUCGCCACCUGUUACCAGAAAAGCAGAUUUCACUUCUGUGGAAGAGCAGAAUGUURUCUUAGCCCCAUCCUCCCUGAUACUACAGCGCAGCCACAGUUCAGGGACCUUUAGAAGAGAUUCCAUCCUCCAAACGAUAACCUSAAUCUGCUCUCCAGCAUUGGCUCUACUGGGAAUAACGCUGCUUACACAUACACACAGCCAGCCAGCCAGGAGAAGUGACAGUGUUGCUCUCCUGCCGCCCAAAUCUGACAGCCAUGAUCCUGAGAGGCCCCCUGCUACGGCUUAGAUCAGGGAUCAGCUCGCUGCUCGAUGGCUAGACCUCAACACUCAAAGAGCUGGAGGCCUUUCUGAUGAGAAUCUCUCACUGCAUUGUAGCACAUGGAUUUCAAGACUUCAAAUGAAGAGACAAAGACUGGGAUUUAUUUGAUGCAAGAAGGUAAUGAGGAGCCAUUUAAUAUUCGACUACACUUGGCCAAAGAUAUUCUGACCAUUCAAGAACAAGAUGUCAUCUGCAUUUCAGGAGAACCUUUUUAUUCAAGCGAGAGGACUGUAACAAUCAGACGGCAGACGAUUGGAGGGUUUGGUCUCAGCAUCAAGGGUGGAGCAGAGCACAAAAUCCCUGUUGUGAUAUCAAAAAUAUCAAAAGAACAAAAAGCUGAACUCUCUGGGCUGCUUUUCAUCGGAGACGGCAUCCUUCAGAUAAAUGGAAUAAAUGUCAGAAGCUAUCGCCACGAGGAAGUGGUGCAGGUUUUGAGAAACGCAGGUGAAGAGGUAACCCUGACGGUGUCGUUCCUGAAGAAGACUCCAGCCUUUUUGAAACUGCCGCUGUGUGAGGACUGCACAUGUAAGAACCCUCCACCAAACGCUGAAGCACUGGAAAGCAUUCCCAGCGACCAGAGUAGUGGGACAUCAUCUCCUUUGUGUGACAGCGGCCUGCACUUAAACUACCACCCCAACAACACGGACACGUUGUCCUGCUCGUCCUGGCCCACUUCACCGGGGCUUCGGUGGGAGAAGAGAUGGGUGGACCUGCGCCUUAUUCCUCUGUUACACUCACGCUUGUCGCAGUACAUCCCCGGCUCUGACGUUAGCAGGAAAAAUGCUUUCCAAGUCAUAGCUGUGGAYGGAGUUUGCAGCGGAGUUGUACAGUUUCCCACCGCUGAAGACUGCUUGGASUGGCUUCAGGCAAUAGCAAGCAACAUUUCCAGUCUCACCAAGCACAAUGUGAAGAAGAUUAACAGGAAUUUUCCAGUAAACCAGCAGAUUAUCUACAUGGGCUGGGUCGACGAGAAGGAGCAGGACUCUGUUCAGGACAGGAUGUACUCACCAAAGUUUCUCGCUCUGAGGGGUUCCUCACUCUUCAAGUUCACAGCUCCUCCCGUGACGACGUGGGACUGGACCAGAGCAGAGAAAAGCUUUACCGUGUAUGAAAUAAUGUGCAAAAUUUUAAAGGACAGUGACCUUUUGGACAAAAGGAGACACUGCUUCAGUGUUCAGACAGAGAGUGGGGAGGACAUGUUCUUCAGCGUAGAGCUGGAGUGUGAACUGCUGAUCUGGGAAAAGGCUUUUCAGAUGGCCACGUUUCUGGAGGUGGAGCGGAUACAGUGUAAAACAUAUGCUUGCAUAAUGGAGAGCCACCUCAUGGGACUUACAGUUGACUUCAGCAUGGGAUUUGUGUGCUUCGAUGCUGCUUCAAAGGCAGUACUGUGGAGAUACAAGUUCUCCCAGCUAAAAGGAUCAUCUGAUGACGGAAAGAGCAAGAUAAAAUUUUUAUUCCAAAAUGCAGAAUCCAAGUCUAUUGAGGCAAAGGAGCUGGAGUUCUCAAACCUCUUUGCUGUUCUUCACUGUAUUCACGCUUUCUUUGCUGCCAAAGUUGCUUGUCUGGACCCAGUGUUUGUGGAGAGCCAGGGCAGCGCUACGACUGCUGGGAUUCCUUCUCUGUCCAGCCUCUCUUGCAACUCACAGACUCCAAAACUGAAAUACACCACUUGACAGGUGCUGCUGUCUCCGGACUUCUUUUAAAAGACCAGAAUCGCCUCAGACGACAGACAGCUGAACGUGGAUCAAGCCUAUGUGUGUUGUGGGUAACUGGACGCUUUAGUAGAAUAAAAGACCUCCUUGUGAGUAUUACACUUGAUAUCUCUGAAGACUUCAGGAAUUACUUUGGACCUGACUUUGAACCUCUUCUUUGAAAACCUUCUGAGAGCGACUCGUUGGACAUGAAAUGGGUUUUUGUCUUUCUUUCAAGCCUCAGACAACCACAUGAUUAUCACAUCAAACAGAAACUGCUGGUAAUUUCCCUCAGUAGUUUGUCUUUUUUCUGUGAAACUUCACUGAGAAUCUUGGGCUAGAUGCAUAAAGAUGCGCACACUCAUCGCUGUGUGGGUUUGUACUCAUAAAAGCAUAUGAAUUACUUUAUCUAGACUACCAAACCCUUCAUUUUAAUGGAAGCUAAGUACAAAUUUACUUAAGAUUAUUAAUUAGCAUGGGAUUUUCUUAACAUCACAAACUGACUUUUUUUUUUUUCAUCUGGGGAUAAUAAGGUGGGAUUUUCUCUUGGGAUAACAGCCUUAUCUUAGUUUGCAAGCUAAUUUGGAUGUGAUUUUUUCCAAGGUCACAAGUUGAAUAUUCGUUUGUCUUAAGAAAACCAAGUCAUUUUUAUUUCUUUGUCCCUCAAGAACAACAUGCAUUUCCUUGAAAUAAUGGAUUUACUUGCUUUUAUUAUUAAUUUAAAUGUGAUUUUCUUCAGAUUACAGACUGAAUAUUCUUUUAUCUUGACCUAACUAACUAAUUGAUUAUGGUGCAGAUGGUUAUUUUAGUACUCCUAGUUUCAUUGUUCACUGUCACUGUCAUGACACUUCAGUUUGGUACCACAGUAGUCAGAUGUUUCUUAAUGGGGCAUUUUCACAUUUAGAAAUCUGUCCGUGUUAUGUACUUCAUUUGCUUUUGUUUCAUGAUUGCAAACUUAUUUAAAGUUAUCUCAAGAAAGUAAAUCUUUUAUGUCAAAACAACUAAAUGUAUUGAACACAAUACCACAGUUAAAUUCGUAUGAUGACAUAAAAAGUCUUAUUUUCAAAUAUUGAGGCAAACAACACAUUAUCACUAGAUAAUCUUUUCUGAGCAGGACGUUUCUGCUUUAUUGCAAAAAUCUCAAUAAUUAUAAAAAUAUGUACAAGAACUUCUUUUUUGUACUAUGAUUAUAUACCCUUAUAGGAAGCCCUCUAUGUGGGAUAUAUACAUUCAGCAUAGUAUAGUAUUCAGAUAAUUAGUUCUCAUUUCUGUUCUAGUAAAACCUUUUACAAUCAUGGUAAAUUAUCUCCACAGUUUUUUCAUUUCUGUUUUAAAUCCCUCUCUAAACAAGUGGUCUGAAAAAUCCGGCUCAACAUUCUCAAUGCAUAAGUAGGUGAAGGAAUAUGUAUGUUAUUUUUUGUGUGUGUGUGGGGGGGUGCGUGCGUACGCAUGUGUGUGUGUACCCAUGAUUUAUGCAUCUAGUCUCUGGAAUUAAAAAUAUGAAAAAGCACUUUUUUCUAAAACAUGUGAACCUGUUCAAGGACAAAAAAAAUUGCUUUGACUGGAUUAUAGGAAGAGUUUACACUCAUUUUAAGUGUUUUUGUGUUUUUAAACGGACAAUUUAAUUCAAGACUCAUUUAAAGUCAGAUUUAUUUACCUCAGUUUAGAGUCCACCUAUAACUAAAAAGCAACAUUGCUGGUGAGAGAAAUGUAUGUUGUUUCUUGUGUUGUCCUUGCCUGACACUCAGCAUUGUGAAGUACAAACACAUCUACCGAUCUGCGUAUCGGUGUAUAAACGUGUUAGCAUUUGUGAGUGCAAGUGGGUGAAUGUGUCUCUAGUUUAAAGCACUUUGAGUGGUCAAAAUGAUUGGAAAAACACUAUAUAAGUUUAGUCCAUUUACCGUUUUACCAUUUACAUCUGUUUUUGGGUCACUGAACAGGUUGGCUGAAAGUCUAUUGCUGCUUAUUUGGUUGGUGGAGAAAGAAGAUGACUUUGAACAUCAAGUUCAUCAUUAAACAGCCUUAAUUGGACAAACAAAAGAAAAAAAAUCAAUUUCUGUUUAUAAUAUCUCUUCUCAAAACAAUUAUGUAAAUAAACACUGACAUUUAAAUAAACUCAGAUAACCAUAAAGCAUAACCUGAAGCACUGUCACUACUACUUGGCAUUAAGGUAUUCAAUAUUUGAUGUGUGCCAGAGGUAAAAAGCUCAUACACUGAUGCUCUCUUUGUCAUUUACUCUUUGAACCAGUUACAAGUAUAAAAUCAGCCAUGGCGUAUUUUUUAUCGUUGCUUGAGAUUACCCUGUAAAUAUUACAUUAAUGAGAAAUGGUCAGGAGGAAAACAGAAAUAUCCAAUAUCCUAGCUUAAAAUGCUUUCAGUUACUCCCUUUAACCUGUCUCUGUUUCAAACUGUUUGUAAAUGCUGCAGAGUGGCAGCUAAACUAUCAUAAUCACAAAGAGUUCAGGUCAAUUAAAGUAAUUAUUCACACUCUUACCUCCUAUUUACAGAGGAGGCGGCCCCUGGGUAAGAGAAACUCUGGAGGAUAGCAAAUUAAAAGGGGUCAAAGCAUUUUCGUGCUGUGCAGCCUUGUUAAGGCGUCUGAUGGAAAGCGGCGGUGGUGCAGUCUAUGCAAAGAAAGUCUGUGUGAUGAUUUUGUGCUUUAAAAACAAUCUUGAUAAGAAAUAACCGUGCCACACAGGAUCCUAGAGGGUAAGGUUGACUUUAUUUUAUUUUAMAUUUUUUUUGCAGAUGUUUUAAUAACAGAUAUGCAGUGAAAUAAAUCAAUAAAUGAGAACUUUUGUAUCACGGCUCAGUCAUGAGUGAAUUUACUUUACUCAAAUACAAUCCCAUGGCAAAAUACUUAUAUUGUUUGAACUUUUUCCACACUUUUUCACAUAACCACAAAUUGUUAUGUGCUUUGUUGGAAUUUAAGUGCAUAAGUGUGAAGUGAAAAUAUCCCUUUACGCUAUGAUACCAUGAAUAAAGUGUAUUCAGUUAUCUUCAGAAGUAGAAAGGAUGUGCUGUGGUCAGAUCAACUAUUUUGGACUACAUGUCAAAUGCUACCUAUGGUGAAAACUGACACUACACAUCAGCCUGAGCACACCAUUCCUACAAUGUAACAUGGUAGUGGCUGCAUCAUGCUGUGGUGGUGAUUUUUUUUCUUCAGCAGGGUGAGGAAAGCUGGUCAAAGGUGAUGGGGAGAUCAAAAGAGCUAAAUACAGGAUAAUAUGUGAAGGACACCUGAGAGACGCUGCAGAAGACUUGAUGUUCACCUUCCUGCAAGACUAAACAAAACACCCAGAGCUACGGUGGGUCAAAGUCCAGACUUAAAUUCAUCUAAGAAUCUAUGUCAAAACCAGUUGGCAUUGGCAGAUGCUGACAUAAAGUCUGAUUGAACUCAAACUAUUUUGCAUAAUACAGUGGAGAUGAAAAUUGCAGCUAAAAUUGAUCCACAAAAUAUUUACGUGAAGAUAUCAAAAAACUUUCCAAAUUGUAUUGUAAAACGUAUAUUAAUAACCAUUACCUUCUUCUACUUAUGCAUUACUUUCUGUUGGUCUGUCACAAAAAAUAUCAGCAAAAAAAUAAAAACAGCGUAAAUGCAUUGAAGUGUGUGGUUGUAAUGUGGCAAAAUGAAAAAACAAAAAAGUUUAAGCGGUAUAUACUUUUGCCAAGUACUGAAAAACCACUUUUCAGCUUCUAUUAAGAUAUUGUUGUGUCAAAUUAAAUAUGCACACUUCCAUUAUGGCAUCCUUUUAAAAAGAAAACAUUCAUCCUUUAAAACAAACUCCCACGGUCUCUCCCGAGUAUUUUAUGAGAAACAUUCCCAAGGACCUUGUCAGGGUUUCUCCGAGCCUGACCUCAACACAUAAAAAUUUUAAAAGCAUCUAAUGAAAGAUGCUGUUUGCCACUGACAACCAGGAAAUCUCUGCUUCCUUUUUCUUCAUCUGCCUUUUGUCAGUCACCUCAGCGCAAUUCUCCCAUACACUUAAUAUUCAGCAAAUCCCCCGUCUGAGGCAGCAGCUUUUCACGUUUGAGCACAUAAAAAGCACUAUUUUGACAACUGUUUGUCUGAUCUGCUUCACUUUUUUGGCAGGUGCAUUUCUCAACACUUUAAAGGAUCAGUGUCGAGUUUGAGGCUCUUUGGAUGAGCGGUCCUCUUAUUUGCAAGCCUUUCACUAAAGUAUCCCCACCAGGCAAUAUACGCAAGCUCUGGGAAACGCUUUUGUAUGUACUCUGCRAGCAAUCAGGAUCCAGAAACAAAAUUCAACGGGAUCUUCUUUUGAUUCUAAUCCGCCUCGCUAACAAGUCUGAAGAAAUUCAGCUCCCAUGGAACAUAACAUUAAGAGCGUAUAAGCAUUACAAUGACUGGAAGACAAGYACUGUGAUUGUGACCUUUAUUUUUGUGCCACACAGUUACAAUGAAACAACACAUUUUCAAAAUGAACUGCACACACUGAGAACAAUCAACCCAUCGCCCCUAACAAAGAGAAGCUGGACUGAUUUGGCUUAAAAAAACAAAAAAGAAGAAAAAAUAAAAGAAUCCAAAAUAGAGAGUGCAGGGCAAGUUACGAGCUUGUUUAUUUUACUGGGAGCAGUUUUAAUAGUCGAAUCUCGUCCACGUUAAAUGUAAUCACAGCCAUCCCAUUAACUUUGGUGCAAGGGGCGACCUCAGAGUCUCAGCUGUACGUCUGCCUGAUUCAAUGUCGCUCACUAAUUAGCAAUUACAUUUCAGGUUAUGGUAUAUCAACAGUUGUGCUGCUCAGACGCAUCAUGUGAAUUUUAAUGGAGGCUGUGCRAAUCAAAUGGGACUGUUUGGUUGUUAUUGGUAAUUAUAAGAUAAGAAUCUGCGCUGCUAAACUAAAAACUAUCCGUCAAGAACAUUUAAAAACUAAGCAAAUUAAAAUAAACUUACUGAAAAUAGAAAUCACCUCCCCACGCACAAAAAAAAUCUACAAGAGAUCAAGCUCAUUUUCAAAACUAUUUUUCAGUAUAUCAGACUAAAAUUGAGAGCUAAUAUUUUCUAUGUAGCAGACAGCAGUGGAGUUCCCAGUGUGAAAGAUACAGUACAGCAAAAGGGGAUGUGCUACAACAAGUCAACUGCAAAUUAAACUAGAUGGAAAAAAAAUCAUAU